AUGAGCAGAAAACGAGGCCAGAAGGCCUAUGGUGAUGUGUUAGAAUUUAUGAACCCAAAAGUUCCAAGUGAGAUCGAAGAUGACAUUUUGGGGGCAUUUGCGACGUAUAGUAUUGAGUCUGACAUGACGUCUGCGAAUUUGAACGAUUUUUUUAGCGACUUGCAAAUGCCCAGGGACAUUACCAAGAUGGUUAAUGCACAGGACGUCUGUGUCGAAGGUACCAACGUUGUGAGCUUCGAUAAGCUGCUCAAAAGCACAUUCCACCUGCUGAUUUUCAUGAACAAUGCUGAAAUUGUCGACACGCAAUGGUCCAUGCUGGUUGUGGCCUGCGGGAGAGAUAAACGUUUCCCACACGUGGCUCUGCGAAGCCAUGUUCUCAGCAUCAAGGACCUCCAGAAAAUAGCGAACAGCAUCAACAUGGAUAACGGACAUUUGGUGGAAAUGAUGAGCUUUGCGACGAGUGGCAAACGCGUCUUCAUGACAUGGUUGGAUUUUGCAUAUCUUUUGGGGAAGCUCGGCCAUCUGGUGUUUUGA